AUGGCUAUGAGUGUUCCGCUCGUGAUCACGGCCAGACAAUACUUACUACUUAAAGUUUUGGCUCACACUUUCACUGGACGUCACUGGCGUGGAUUACGUGAAAAUGUUAGGGACAUACUAGAGACGCACCCUGGUCGCAUCGUGUCCGGAUGGGACGCCUCGCCCGGACAGUUCCCGUACCAAGCCUCCUUAAGAAUUAGGAACAGCGCGGGCCUACUCUUCGGCUGCGGCGGGUCCGUCAUACACCAAGACUGGGUCAUUACGGCCGCUCACUGCACCGCUAACUUCGUCCAGGUCACCGUCCGCGCCGGCCUCACGCAGGUGCACGCGGCCGAAUACGUCGCAGACACCUGGGUGUGGUACAACCACUUCAGCUUCGACUCCACUACACCGACCCUCGUUCAGCCCAACGACGUUUCGCUCGUGCGAGUGCCGUAUCCGAUGACGUUUACAGUAAACCUAAUGAGCAUCCAACUGCAAACGUCCAAUGACGCCUACAGAGACUACAGCAACGAGCAGCUGAUGGCGAGCGGAUGGGGAAGGACCUGGACUAACGGUCCGACGUCCGAUCGUCUCCAGUGGACUUACCUUCGCGGUCUGCCCGACAGCGAAUGCCGCAGACGGUUUCUUACUGUAGCCAACUCCGCUACAAUCUGCGCCCGCUUUUGGAACAUCACAAGUCAAUCCGUUUGUCAGGGUGAUAGCGGAGGCCCUCUAGUGCAUAAGAAUAGAUGGGGAGUCCCUACUUUGAUAGGAAUCACUUCGUUCGUAGCUUCCGCCCGGCACGGUGGAUGUCACUCAGGACUACCUGCUGGUUUCAUCCGGCCGGGAUCAUUCCACGCUUGGUACCAACAAGUGACGGGACUCAAUCUGGACUUCUCCAGGAACGCGCCUACCCCGAACUUGAUCGAACGUUUGAAAACCGCUCAUAAUCUAUUAUAA